GUCAGUCAGGUCAGGCCGGGGUCAGCGGCCCCCAUGAUGGGUACAGAGGCGCCGGCGCCCCAAGGCCGAGGCUGGCUGGUGGCUCUGCUCUGGCUUCUGCUGCUGUCCGCGGGCACGCCAGGGUCCUGGCCGGUGACCUCCCACGCCCCGGCCCCCGCUCCAGACCAGGCUGCGGCCCAGGAGCCCGGGCGGCCGGCGGGCGGAACGCAGCGGUUGGCGCCGGGAGCAGUGUGUGGGAAGCCCAAGGUGACGGGGAGGAUCUUCGGUGGCCGGAAUGUGCUGGCAGGCCAGUGGCCGUGGCAGGCCAGCCUGCUGUACCAGCGCUCGCACCUCUGCGGAGCCGUCCUCAUUGACUCCCUCUGGCUGGUUUCCACGGCCCACUGCUUUCUCAACAAGUCCCACGACCCAGCGGACUACCAGGUUCUGUUGGGAAGCACCCAGCUAUACCAGCACACCCAGCACACACAGGAGAUAUCCCUGAGCCGGAUUAUUGUGCACCCAGACUUCGAGAAGCGUCACCCCUUUGGGAGUGACAUCGUCAUGCUGCAGCUGCACCUGCCGCUGAACUUCACUCCCUACAUCGCCCCCGCCUGCCUUCCGAGCCCUGGCAUGCAGCUGUCAGGCAACCUGUCUUGCUGGAUCACCGGCUGGGGGAUGCUCAGCGAGGACAGUGAGGGGAGCAGCUGCACUCGCCCUUCCGCCUGCAGGAGGGGAAGGUGGGCCUCGUCGGGAACGAGCUCUGUAACGUCCUAUACAGACAAAGACUUAGCAAGAGCGCGGCCUACUCUGUGCAGGACGAGAUGCUGUGCGCCGGGGACUUCUCGACAGGGAAGGCCAUCUGCCAGGGUGAUUCCGGGGGCCCCCUCGUCUGCGAGCUCCCCACGGCCUGGGUUCUCGUGGGGCUGGCCAGCUGGGGCUUUGACUGCCGCCACCCCAUCUACCCCAGCGUCUUCACCAGGGUUGGCUACUUCUCCGACUGGAUCCAUGAGAUCCAGAUGCUCACACCUCCCCCUGAUCCCACAUCUGCUCCUCAGACCCCGUUUCCGGGCCAGCAUCUGUCGACGGCCAGCUCCUCUGGGCACCCUGCAGCCCUUGUGCCUCCCCAGACCUGGCUCCUGCUGCUGUGUGCAUUCAGAGACCCCCAGUAGGCCCUGCAGUGACCCCUCCCCCCUAGCCCCAGCCAGCUGUCUGCCUCGGGCCCCAGUCUGGUCACCAGAACCUUCCACACCUCCCUACUUCAGCCCCACUGGCUCUCAGCAAUUCCCUCUCCUGGACUUUCCCACCCAUCAGCUGCCACCCGCCAAGCCAAGCCAGAAAAAAAACAAAAAUACAAAAAUAAAUAAAAGACUCAUCCUGUUCCUGUCUUGGGACCACACUGCCCCUUCCCUAGAGGUCAGGCAUGUGGCUCCCAGUGCAAGGAAAGGGGACUGGUCAGGAGACCUUCCCCAGAUGGAGCUAGGGCUGCCAGCUGGGAAGUGAGCAGGCCGUCUCCAC